AUGGAAAGAAGAGAUCUACAAAAGGUUUUUCUGACGAGAAACAACAUGCAAACAAUUCCAAAUGGAACAUGUCCCAAGUGUUCUCAACUUUCGAUGUUGCUUUUGGAUUGUAAUGCAUUUCUCAACCAUAUUCCAGAUGAGUUUUUCAACAAUAUGCCUGCUCUUAAGGUACUUGAUUUGUCUGACACUAUGAUUGAGCGUUUGCCUACAUCGUUGUUCAACUUGAAAUGUCUGACUGUAUUAUUACUCUCAGGAUGUGCAAAAUUGAGUUACAUUCCUUCACUAGGAAAAUUGAAACGGUUAAUAUCAUUGGAUCUAUCUUCUACUGCCAUCACUGAAGCACCUACGGGCUUGGAAUCCUUGGUCAAUCUUAGAUGCCUACAUCUACUCCCUAUAGAAAAGCUGAAAAUGUCAGCAUCUCUCCUAUCCAAAUUGAUCAAUUUAGAGUGUCUUGAGGUGGAUUGGGCCGAAUGGUCAACGGAUGCGAGAGGACAAGGUACAAGAGGUCUGAAAAAGUUGGAAGUAGUAGCCCAUUUUCGUGACAUUAGCGUAUUCAAUAACUUUGUGAGCUUCCUGACCCAUAAUUGUGUAAGAAGCUAUCGAUUGACUUUACAGGAUGCAAAAUACUAUGUUGAUCGGUGCUCUUUUCAUCAAUCUCAUAGAGAAUAUUCCGUGAAAAAGAUACUUAUUAAGGAUAUGGUCUUGGGAAGUGAAAAAGUAAUACUCCCAGGGGACAUCGAGAAGUUGGUUAUCAAGAAUUACCGCCAAGGGACAGGUAAUAGAUCCCUAUGCAGUGUUUUAUCGUAUGGCCACAACAAUAAGCCAUCCCAAACCGAAUUGUUGGAAAUCAACUUAUCUAGUGAUUUGCAGUUCUUGUAUUGUUGUAAUUGCCCCUUUUGCUUCUCUACUCAACUUGUUGGAUGUCUCAAGAUCACUGCUGUAAAAUUGAAAGAUUUAGUGUCACCAUAUGCUGAUUCCUUGCAUCAAUCCACCCUAUUUUCUCAUCUCACAGAUCUCAGUAUUUGGGGAUGCAACAGCAUGGAGGCUCUGAUGACACCCAAGUUAUUGGCACACCUACAAAACUUGCGCACCAUCUCUGUUGUUGCUUGUCGGCAGAUGAAAGAAAUGGUUGGAGCUGAAGAGGAUCAUUCUAGUGGCGACCUGAUGGUCCUUCUGUGUAACCAUCUUCCUCACCCUACUGUCACUCUUCCCAAGUUGACAUCUCUCAAAUUACAUUCCAUGCCACAAUUAGAUUUCGUAUACAGAGGCACCAUGCUCUGCCCUUCCCUCCAAACAUUCUCUGCUAUGUAUUGCGAGCAACUAAAUCACCCUCAGAUGGCGAUCUCAAAUGAUGGAGGUGGGCUUCUGAUGGAGAAGACCCCAACUGGAUACUGUUGGCGAAUUAAUAUUGACCAACCAGUUCCAUAUCUGACUUCUUUUAAAUUCUGUUGA